UCGCUGGCCGCGUGGAGGUCCCGAGCGCCCCUGUCUCCUGCCCGCCCGCACUCGUUUCCUGGCCGGCGAGCACCUGGGCUGCACAACUUUACCCCAGAUUGGAGACUUCAGGGAGCAGCUGCUGUCCUGCUGAAACUACUUCUGAUGGCUGGGAAUAAGGGAAGAGGACGUGCUGCUUAUACCUUUAAUAUUGAGGCUGUUGGAUUUGGCCGAGGUGAAAAGCUACCUGAUGUAGUUUUGAAACCACCCCCACUAUUUCCUGAUACAGAUUAUAAGCCAGUGCCACUGAAAACAGGAGAAGAUGAAGAUUAUAUGUUGGCCUUGAAACAGGAAUUGAGAGAAACGGUGAAGAGAAUGCCUUAUUUUAUAGAAACACCUGAAGAAAAACAAGAUAUUGAACGGUACAGUAAAAGAUACAUGAAGGUAUACAAAGAAGAAUGGAUACCAGAUUGGAGAAGGCUCCCAAGAGAGAUGUUGCCAAGGAAACACUGCAAAAAAGUGGGCCUGAAAUCAAAGAAGGCAGAAGAUCCAGGCAAAGGGGCUUCACUCCCUAAUGCUGCAGAUGUGCUGAAGAAAAUAGAGGAAUUGGAGAAGAGAGGUGACGGAGAGAAAUCAGAUGAGGAAAAUGAAGAGAAAGAAGGAAACAAAGAGAAAAGUAAAGAAGGUGAUGAUGAGGAUGAUGAUAAUGAUGCAGAUCAGGAGGACUAUGAUGAAGAAGAGCAAGAGGAGGAAAAUGACUACAUUAACUCCUACUUUGAUAACGGAGAUGACUUCGGUGUAGACAGUGAUGACAACAUGGAUGAAGCAACCUAUUAGCUAAGAAACCUCUCCAAGUUUUGGUACAGUUUCUGAGCAUUUAGAACUUGAUUUGUGUUUUAUUUCUGAUAAUGGAUGAGUGACAUAUCUUGUGUCCCUGUUUUAGUUGACAAAUGUUGCCAGAACAUGCAGAAUCACUGUUGAUGAUCUAAUUACCUUGUAGUCUGGCACUUUUGACAUUCCUCAACACCUCUGCCAUCUUUCAUUAUGUAUGCUAGUGCAGUUUUAGCAUCUCUUAAUCUAUGCAUUCAUACUUGAACAAACCCAUGUUUAACUGCUGAUUUUUUUUGUAAAAUUACUAGUCAGAAUGGACUUCUACUAAUUCAGCACAUAGAGCACUUUAAAAACACAGAAACUUGAAAAUUAUUUUUUACUUUUACAUCGUAUGUUCUGUAUUACUAUGAACUUAUGCUAUAUAAAUCUAUGAGAGGUUUUGUGAUGGAAAACAAACUCAUGGAAACAUAUCAACCUGAGAUGAACAGUUUCAUCAGUGAGCACAGAGGCUUUCACAUGGGGUGAGUAUGAGAAAUACUUGGCUUUGGGGAUAACUUUGGGUCGUACAAUAUGUGUGAGUUAAUGGUCUCACUGUAAUAAGUUUUAAAUCUGCAAAAUACUGGGCUUCUAUUUAAUUCAGUUCUUUAUGUCUGGGAUUGGAAAGUACUGGUUGGAAAAUUGUAAAGUAUAAACUUCACAGAAGAAUGUUUGCAUGUGAACUUGGUGUAGAGGCCCUUUUGUUUCACAGGAUGCAGUGAUCAGUGAUGCAAAAUGAAGAUUGAUCUUUUUGUUUAAGUUACAAGCUAGUUUCCCUGCCAUUUUAUAUAUUUGGGGGAAAACCCAGACAAUUCAAACUCCAAAGACUUUAAAAUGCCAAAGAUUUUCAAGGAAGUUUGUGUUAUAUACUUCAAAAAUGAUUUGCUAAUAUUACCAAAAGAAAGUUUAAUUUACUUUUGCCUUUGGAAAGGCAUAUCAGCCAUUACUCUCUAACCUGAGAAUUGGAACCCUUCAUUAUCUUUCUACUUAUAAUACUAAGUUCAACUUUGAAACUGUGCUUGGUUGUUUCUGUGCCUUAGUUUCUCCAUUUGUAAACAAUUUCUUAUAAAAUUGUUUAAAUACUAACCAGAUUACACACACACACACACACACACACACACACACACACACACACACACACACUUGAAAGGUAACAAAACCAGUUUGAGAAACAAAUGUUUUCCUCAUCAAGUAAGUUUACUCAUUUUUCCCAUCUUGUAUUUGUGGAGAAAAUUUGUAUGUCACAUACAAUCUUAUAAUGCUCAGGAAAAAGAUCACAUUCAAUGCAAUAUACUUUCUCAAGUAAUUCAAGGUGGGUGUGAGAACCCAUCUUGUUUAGUGCUUUACUUAUCAUGCAGGUGACUGCUGACUUCGUGUUUAAAGGGGCUUA